UUAACUAGUUCUGCUUCAAAAGAAAUUCAAAGCAGAUCCAGUUCAACCUUUGCACAACACUUCACUGGAUAGACAGACAAAGACUGGGGUUUCCACUAAUGGUCUUUUUAUUGUGAGUUAGACUGGCUGUGGAUUCACAGUAGGCCGUCGUUUCUUGGAUUCAGAGGCGUCUUCAUGAGUAACGCCUCCAGAUUCCACUUGUUUCCGAAGACGGGAGACCUACAGUAUCAUCCAACCGCGCCCCCUGGUGGAGCUGUGAACACCAACCUGACACCAGGAGUUCCAAGAGUCUGCUGGAUCUAAGGGCAGGAGGAGCGCUUAACAAAGCUGGUCUUUCCCAGACGUGCAUGUUUAUGGGAUGUGAAUCCAUUGUUUAUGGUUUCAAACACAGUUAACAGAUAUUGCAAAAAAAAAGAAAGAAAAGGGAAGCAGGAAGAUAUUUGAUGAUUUGAUGUUAAGACUGCAAAGAAGAAUUGAAGCCAGAUGGCAGCGCCAACAAACGUCUCCUUCAGUGACUUUACAACACUCGCAGCACAGAAUGACACAAUCAAGACUAGCAUUACUAACCACAAGUGGGAGUUCUUGGUGGCCGUCCUGGUCUCAGCCAUCUCCAUCUCAGUCAUCAUAGCACUCCUGGCUAAAUGUCAGGUGGUUCGACAUUACCUGGCCAGCUACAGCCACACACGGCUGCGAGAAGCCGACAACGUCAGCCAGUGUGGACCAUCAGACCACCAGGUGGAGUUUUCCUCAACCGACACACACGGAUGGAACCCUCACUCCAUCACUCCAGUCAUUGAAGAAGACGACGACGGCUUCAUCGAAGACAACUACAUCCCAACCAUGGAGAAAAUAAGGGUAGCAGAAAGCUCCGAGGAGGACACAGAGGAGGAAAUGGACGAGAUUGAAUUUUCCAUCGCCUGAACUGAAGAUCUCAGCCUGAUCACCAGAUACACUCCCACCUGACUGUUUAGACUGGAGAUUCUUAAUGUGUUCAUAUACUGACUGCAGUAAGUUUCAAAAUAGGACGAUGAAAUUCAAUUUUCAUCAACAUACAUUCAUAUUAGUAUAUCGUAAUCAUUAUUAUUUCUGUUAAAUUCAUUUAAUUAUUUAUGAUGAGACACAGGUUCAGUAGCGGAACUUUGUGUGAAUCCAAUAUGACCUCACUUAAGUUAUUUUUUAAUUAAUUUUGGGGACAGGUUAAAUGAAUAAACUCUAAAAAGUAUAAAACUGGGGUCAUCUAAAACUUCAAAUGAAAAUGUUCAUGGUUUGUCUUUCACACAUUUAGGUCACGGGGGAUCAGAUUAACACAGAUUAAUUAUAGCUAAUCUCAACUGCAGAGAACAGAGAUCAUUGGACUUUUUGUUUGCCAUAUUGUAAUUGACCUGUGACCAACAGUCUUGACUGUUUGUGCAGGGUGGCACAAUGUGAUUGACGGCAAGUAUUUGCUGAAACUAAACAGAAUUGAUUGGUGUUUGAUUAUUUUUACACACCCCUGCACUGUCAGCGUCAAGGUUAGUAAAAGUAAAAUUGAUGUCCUUUGGGUUUUUUCUGGUCACAGGAUCAAAAUCUGUGCGUUAAAAUGUAAGUUUAUUGCUAUAAUAGCCAACAGUAAGUGAGUAACUAUGACACUGCUCCUGUAGGAGACGCCUGAAGUCUCAGAGGCCACGCAGCUGACGAGAGCAGUCUGACAGGUCUGUGUGAAGCUGAAGAGCUCACACCAGGAAACGCAGUAGAUCAAGUUCAAGUGAGCAAAAACGGAACUAAGACUAUUCUAGCUUCAAAGUAAAACUCCAACACAAUUAAAAAAAAAAAAACCCGAGAAACUUCUUCCGGC